AUGUUUGAUGCACCGAACAACGAUGCGUUUUAUGUCGUUGCACUCUUCUUGUUUACUAAGCUGGAUCCAUCACGUGCAGUAGAAAUGUUUGGAGACUGUUCCUUUCCAUCAGACAAAAAGAUAGAUCAUGAAUUUAGGAAGCAAUGCUGUACCUGGCUGAAAGAAAUUGCGGAUAAAUGCAGAAGCGGUUUUCCACAAAUUGUGACUUCCUUAUUUCUUUCUCCUGGUGGUCCUAAAUUUAUUCAUCUAAUGUAUCAGUUUGCAAGACAUGUAGUGAUUCAAGACAUGAAAGUCAACUCUGUAGGCACUGGUAUACCUUUUGCUGAAGCUGCAGACUUAAGACCUGAGGAUCUGUACAAGGCAAAAGCGAGAUUCAGAGUGGCAUAUAAUAAAUUUUUGCAAAUUGUUCAAAAGGAAGAUUUUGUAAUUCAAGAAUAUAAGAAAAAAGCACAGUUGCUAAUUAAAGAAAUAAAGCAGCUAAGAUUUGAAUAUACAGACCUGCAGAUACAGUUUUCAAAGAUGAAACGAAAUGACCAAAACAAAAUUGACAAAACUGAGAGAAUUCAAAAGGUCCGCAGUAUGUGGACGUUUAUAAUGGACACUCUUACAUCUUUGGAAAAGGAAAAGGAGAUUGUAGAGUCUGUACUUGAAGGUCGGGUUGACCAGUACACUUUAGAUGGAACUAAUGUUGCUCUCAGUGUUCCACAGCUGUUGGCUGACAAAGUUGAAAGUGAGAUGUACAAGUUGUGCAUAGGAAACGUAUAUGAAGCAGAAAAACUGAAUUUCGUAACAGUCAUUCAAUUAUUAAAUGAAGCCCUGAAGAUCUUUAGAGGUGAAGUUCUUCAACUUGAAUUAAAACCACAUCUUCAGUAUAUUGAGAGUAGGACUGAAUUCCAAAAUAAAAUACUGUUGGAUUUGAAAACAAUGAGCCAAAAAAUAGAGCAAGAGUAUCGUGUGUCAGUAAGCGAAUCUGUUUCUGAGAAACAGAAGGAGUGGCAAACGAAGUGGCAAAGCUAUCUUGGUCACUCCCCUUUUUGUUUAACUGCAGAUCAGGAUUCAGAGCUUGAUUUGUUACCAGCUAUGGCACCCCUUUCUUUUCAUCCUGCAACAGAAGAAGCUUAUGAGAAUAGUGUCUUCUGUCAACAUCCAGUAUCAGUUUCAGAUAUUUGUAAAUCAAUUUGUGAUGUAAACUAUGAGACAUAUGAUGAGACAGUGGAAAAUGUGAUGGGAGAGUCAACACUAACACCAACAAGAAGGAUCUCCUCAGUGUCUUCGGAGUUGACAAGCCCAUCUGAAAGCAGAGAUGAGUUCCUUGCAAAGGACUUGCAUACUGAAACUUGCAAUUGGAAGGAGCAGCCUGUCUCUCCAAAUAGUUUAAAACAUGCAAAGGAUAAGUCUGCCAUUUUAGAAUCCUGGGAGAAUACAGAUGCUCAUGUUAUCCAGAGAAAGAGUCCUCUUGAAAAAGAAGACCCUCUCAAGAAAGCCAGAGAACAACUGGCAGAAGAGGUUGCAAAAACAGUGAUAUCUCAGUCACCUCAGAAUAGUGGAGGAAAAGGAAUGGAGCUGGAAGAUCUCAUUAGCUCACUGGCUUCUAACCCAUUUAUCACAAGGAAACAAAUUCCCCGAACUCCAGAAAAUCUACUUACUGAAAUUAGAAGUUCAUGGAGAAAAGCUAUUCAGACUGAGGACUCGUCAGACACAGAGCUGGCCUCAUCCAAAAUAACGAUGACAGAACCUCCAAAGGAUGCUGGUCCUGUAAUGCAGAAUACAGUAGACUCCAGCUUAGUCCAGUCUAUCUCUUCAUCUCCUGUAUUUGACUUGGAUUCCCCUUUAUCAGAGGGGAAGUCCCAAUUAGCCCGUAGAGAAUUUUCGCCUCAAAAGCAGAUGAUGAUAAGUGGUAUCAAUGAAUCUCCAGUUAAGGAAACAACUAGAAUAUCGGAGAGUGAGAGAACUGAGAAACAGGAGUUUAAAAGUACUCUGUUGAGCAAAAGUUUUGUGGAAAAUCCAGAAUCAACUCUUCCACAUAUAAAGAAAAACAUGAAUAUUCAAAGCAGUUACUCAGAAGACAAGAGGAGAGCAGUUGUUCUAUCCCCAGAUGACUCUGAGGAUUCCUUCAUGGAGAGAAUUCAGCUGUGGGAUUCACUUCCAGUGGUAAGUUCUGACAGUCAUGAAGCUACCCAGUUUGGGAUAUUGCAUGAGACUCUUUCAGAAGAACUUGGUAACGUAAAUCCUAAUAAAUCUGCAAGUUCAGAGACUAAUUUUGAUAUACUGGACAACAAGCAUUUACCGGGUAGUCCAAAAAAUGAAAGGGAUGCGCAGUUAAAGAUAGAUUUGCAGUCUGUUCUCAGCAGAUAUGAAACACUGAAGAGGGCGCUAUCUGGAAAUGAAGAGGAAGUGCCUCAGACACAUAAUGGAGAUGAGUCUCUGAGUUGUAAGUCAGAGCUAAAUCUUACACUAGGAAAUGCAGAAAGAGAUGAAGUUCCUCUAGAAGAACUGUUUUGCUUGGAUGAAGACUUUCUCAAAACGCUGUCACCAGUAUCUUUUGCUGAAGGAAAACAUUCCCUGUCACCUUUACUGAUGUUCUCUCAAGAUCUGGAGGAAAUGGCAUCAAUGAUACACAAAACUCCUUUUGACUUCAUGCAUAAAUUGAAGGACAAAGAGCAAUCGAAUGAGAAGCUGGACGCAAAGGAACCAUCAUCAUGAAAGAACUUGUAAAGCUGAAGCAAAACCAUAAGUAGUAGAAUUAUGGUUCACCUGAGUGUAUAGCAUCUUGUCCCAACACCGCUCACAUAGAGAUGUUGCGCUCUUUGCUCUUUCCUAUGGAAACUGUAUUCCAGAUUCCUCAUUCAAGAAUGUCAGUUGCCUGCUAAGGUUCCUCCAAUUUCACUUCAUCCGUAGUAACAUUAUGUAUGUAGACACUUAUUUGUAUACAGAAUGGUAUAUUCCUUCAUGUAUAUAGCUUUUUAAAAAUAUCACGUGCCAAGCACUAGCUAAACACGGCCUAAUCCUAAAAAAAGGGAAAACAGCAGAUCUGAAAUAGGUGCAAGACAGACAGUGAAAAUUUCAGUAUUUUCUAAAAAUGUUAUUUGGUGCACUACAUUGUGUGGAUUAUUCUUUCUCACUGAGACUUCUGGUCAAAUAUUUUCAUCAGUUUUUGCUUUGAUAAGUAUCAUUCUUUUCAUAACCUUCCACUUUAGUGCAUAUUUCUUUACAUAUAUUGUUACUGAAUAAAGUUGAUAUGCUUUCAAUUAAAAUUCUAAAAGUUUAUGACUUGUAAUAUUAAUGCCAUUUUAAUUUCCCAUAGUUUAUAUUAGUUAAUAGGUUUAUAUAAAUGUGUACAUUAUGUGUUUAUACGUAUAACUUAUGACAUCUUGAUGUGCAACAACUAAUAACAUAGCCCCUUUUACAAAAAAGUAAAAGUGUAAGUUCCAGUAGAUAAACUUCCUAUUGCAAGAGUUGUUGCAUCUGUUAUCCCAUCUCUCUGGGAAAAGCAGUUAAUUUUGUGUAGUAGAUCUAGGACAGAUAUUUGCAUCAUCUUUCAUUAAAUAAAUCUUACCUACUAAUCCA